AUGGGAAUUUGCAAGCCCAUCGUUGGAGAGUUGACGGCCGAUGAAAUGUUGACGGCCCUCCCACUUUGCACACAAGAACUGGCUUUUGCGGAAGAAAUUUACGCCCUAACGAAAGGCUUGGAGUUACCUCUGAAGUCAAAACUUCGCACGUUCAGCCCUUUUUUGGAUGAAACCGGACAGUUGCGUGUAGGAGGAAGUAUAUUGCAAGCUCCAGUAGAUUAUUCUACAAAGCAUCCCAUCCUGCUUCCAGCUGAUCAACUUGCGACGCGGCGGAUUCUAUGGUAUUACCAUACGCGGAAACUCCACAUCAAGUCCGAAAGAUUGUUGACGGAGUUGCGUACACGUUACUGGAUAAUCACUGGACGCGACGUCGUCAAAUCAGUUGUCAACCCUUGCUGGCCUUGCAAACGUAGAUCGUCAAAGCCCGUUCCUCCGCUCAUGGCAUCACUACCAGUACAUCGGCUCACUCCCUAUCGUCCACCUUUUACCUACACUGGAGUCGAUUACUUCGGCUCCCUAACAGUACGAAUCGGUGGAAGAGGAUGUAGACACGAAAAACGCUGGGUGUGCUUGUUUACGUGCCUAACAACGAGAGCCGUUCACAUAGAAGUCUCCGAUGGACUCAGUCUAGAAGAAUUCAUGCUAUGUUUCACUUGA